GGAGCUGGAGAGUGCCUGGGCGCUGCCGGAGCGGCGCCCCGAGGUGAGUGGUCCCUCGCCCCUCCCUUCGCGGCAGCUGAAGGCUAGAGGGAAGAGACGGGCGCACCUGGGCCGCCGCGGGGUCCGGAUCCGCUUCUGCUGCGCGGAGCCGCUCCCACCAGGCUUCUCCGCAGCGCGGGCCCCUUCCUGUCCGCUACUCCAACGGCCACACGGGUCUGUUCGGGACGGGGGCGAGGAAGGUGACCUCUGCCUCGUCCAGACAUCACCAGCUCGUCCUUCAUCCUCCUUUUCUCCAGCCUUUGAAGCGCAAUCACCUGUCCCCGUCCCCACUUCCUUGCGUUUUUCUCGACCCCUGCCCCUCUCGGCUCAGUCGCAGGGCAAAGCAAGGUGUGUUCACCUGUGCCUUCCGUCGAGGAUUAGACGCUGACGGGCAGCACAGCGGAAGGCAGCGAGGCCUCGGAUUCGCCUCUCUCCAGGUUCUCCUUCGAUCUCCCCUUCCCCCUCCGCAAAGGUUGGCCUGCUUUAGCCCAGACAUCCUGAUCUUUCCCAUAAUAGAAGAAAUUGGACUGGGUAACUCUUGAUUGUGAAUACCUCCACUUAUCAGGAGUUUAUGGGGUUUGUUUGUUUUUCCUGAAUAUACUUCAUAUCUUUUAACAUAACUGAUAUUUUUCAAUGGUCCUACCUUAGGCAAGGAAAGCAGAAACCGUUUCGUACAAGAAUUCUGACCUCUGUCUGGUUAUACUGCCCAGUUUAAUUCAGUGGGAUUUUUAAAGAAGACUGUUAGGAUGCCUGUGGUAAUGCGGAGGCUUAGAGAUCCUGACAUAAAUCCUUGUUUGUUGGAAUCUGAUGCUUCUGCCAGAUGUAUGGAUGAAAAUAACUAUGACAGGGAAAGAUGUUCCACUUACUUCUUGAAGUACAAAAACUGUCGGAAAUUCUGGAAUUCUAUCAUGAACCAGAGAAGACAGAAUGGAGUGAAGCCACCUAUGCCUACAGCAGCAGAAAGAGAUGAAAUCUUGGGAGCAAUGGGAAAGAUGCCCUAUUGAAUGUUGCAUUAAAAUUGUUUAUAUAACUUGAAGCAGAUGAAUAUUUUUAAUAAAUUAUUGCUGUAAUCUUU